UCUUAUUCAUUACGAGAAGUUUCAACAUUGAAGCAGAUGUUGAACUUAACACCAAUGUACCAAAGUUGGCACUUAUUUCUCUAGUUGUAUUUCAAAAUAGAGAAAACCAAAUAUUUUCCUCUCAUUGUUUGCCUCUGUUAUCAAGAUGGAGUAAAAUUGUGCUAAAUAUGCGCAAAGCAAAUGCGAUGAAAAUAACCAUUUCACCGCCGUCGUUAGGCCAGAACUGGUGAAACCGAUAGCGAAAAUGGAAGAAGAGCUUAGUUACCUUUCUGAUGGAAAAUUCAAGCAGUAUGGAACAGCCGUCGAUAAGGCGCUGAAGUCAUUUGAAUAUUCAAGUGAAUGGGCAGAUUUGAUAUCUUGUCUUGGAAAACUCAACAAGGUCAUUUUAACUUAUUCUUCAUUUCCACUCAUCCCACGAAAACUUCUUGUUGGAAAAAGACUUGCACAGUGCCUGCAUCCUGCAUUGCCCAGUGGUGUACAUUUGAAAGCCUUGGAAACCUACCAGUUGAUUUUCAAGCAAAUUGGAAAGGGAAGGCUCAUAAAUGACCUUUUCAUCUACAGUUCAGGCUUGUUUCCAUUGCUUGCUCAAGCUGCCAUUUCAGUUAAACCUGUGCUCCUGGAUCUGUACGAGGAGUUUUAUGUUCCACUUGGUAGACACAUCAUUCCAGGUCUGCCUGGAUUUAUUUUAGCUGUAUUACCAGGCAUAGAAGAAGGAUCUGAGCAUAAUGAAAGGACAACAUCCAUCCUUGAAACUGUGUGUCAAAAUUCAAACAAAGAAUCUUUCUACUCUGCCCUCUGGGGGUGUGUUUUGCACUCAACGCAAGUUCGUUUGUCAGCAAUAACAUUUGUUCUCAAUCACUUGGCCAAGGCUACAGAUGGCAGGGAUACAAGUUACGUUUUCGGAAACAACCGUGCUCUUAUGGUUGAUUCCAUAUGUGCUGCAUUAGAAGAUACAAAUGUAUUGGCUCAACGUAUUACCCUUGACCUCCUGCUGACGUUCUUACCUAUCUCUACACAACAAGUUGAAGAAUCGGACAUCGUGAAAAUACUAGUCUGCGCACUUAAUGUAGUCCUGCGUAGAGACAUGUCAUUGAAUAGAAGACUGUAUCACUGGAUCUUGAACACAGGCACGGGGAGUAUGGGCAACAAACUGACUAGAACAGACAGUAAUGAUUCGAGCAACCAGGGCGUUCCUGACGAAAGCACCGCGUCGUCGUUGACUUUCUUUGAAAAAUAUUCUAAGAAAUUCGUUGUUGAAGCUGUCAUCAUCCUCUUCAGGCUACUGUCUCAAGAUCAAUCUGUGGCAGACAGUAUCAGAUUUAGCCAUACAGAAAGCAAGAUGGAAAAACUUAGGCCAUUAAGAAUUUUGAUUAGCUUGCUCGAUAAACCAGAGAUCGGAUCGCCAGUUUUGGAAGAAGUCCUCGUCGAAGUUUUUAGAGCACUGCACCACGAAUGUUCAGUGCAUAUGACUGUGGAGGAGCGUCUAAGCACCAAUGACGAGCUCUUAAAAACCGCAAAUUUGCUGUUUAAUGCAUUUGAGCCUUAUUUUAUAUGGGAGUUUCUUGAGAGGGCGUUGAUCAAUUCGUUUAUCAUUGAUAAAAGGGAUUCCGGGAUGCUAUUGGAUGAGAUGCAUGGUGACGUUGGCAAAUCUUCUCCCAUCGUUAUCAACACCAGGCAGCCAAGAUGCUCUGAGCUAUUUUCCUUGGCGGAGCUGCUCCUUGAUAUUGUGUACUUGGAUGCAUCAAGUGCAACCCAGAGUGAGCACUGGCCUUCUCUUUUGAUUUGCCUUGUCAGUGAAAUGACAGACUAUGUUAAAACGAUGAACAUUGAUGAAAUAAACCAAGGGAUGCUUCUGGCCUUAAAACUCCUUUCCAAGAUAUCCCCGGAUAUCAGAUCUCCGGCAUCUACUAAAAGAACAAGGUCUCAGUCAAGCAAAACUCUAUUUAGUCGCGUAGGGAGAAGAAAAAACCACAAAGAUUUGGCCGAAGGUCAGGAACAAUCGACUCCAGUGUCAUCAAACGACGAACAGCACUCACAUAGUCAGAAAGACAGUGAACGAUGCAACGAGGAGUCAAGUAGUAUACAGUUGUGUGUUGCCAAGUCGACAGCGUUCUUCCAUGCAUUUGUCAGGCAUCGUAUUAUGCCAUGGUUAAGUGACAAUGCUACCAAUAAUGCAAGCACCAAUGAAUGCAAUGGUUCUGACGUACACGAACAUUCUGAUGAGGAGACCCAGGGUUCUAAAAAACCUACCGAAGCUACUUGUGUUUUGACAUUUGCUGCAUCUUGCAGAUAUCUUGUCGAGCUCGCUUGUUUUCCUUGUUGGGAAUCAAGUGCUGAGAUAGACGAAACGAAAAAUUAUAAACACACACUGAGUCCAUGGUUGCAGUCUUUAAUAAGCUGUGCAUCGCAAGCCAAGGACAUCGACAUCCAAACGGUUGCCAUGGGUGCACUGUUGGAUCUCAUAAACGUCAGUCUUUGUGUCUUUCCUUCGCUGGAUAGAGGUCACGUGACAAAGGGUGCUGCCAACAUAAUUCCACUGAUAUCUCAUCGAGAUUUUUCAAUACUUGAAAAGUCAGCCGUGUACAAGGACAUGGCAUUGAUUCUUUGGAGUCAGAUCGGACCGGCCAAUUGCCAGCUGAAUUCUGCAUGUGCUGAGCUCUUCUUGAGGCUUCACAAUGUGUCACCAUCGUCUUUAGUUUGUGAAGAUGCCAUUUCAAGCUCGAUGGUUGCUCAUUGUUUGAACCAAAGAAGGAGUGCCCAUUGGAAAUUUUCUGUUUUGUGGCAUUUGUCGAGAGAGUUUUACAAGAAUGAAAGCAGCAAGUCUAGCAGGGGAGGAAACAGAAGCUUAGACAGGUGUAUGCUGCUGAUGUUGGAUAGCCUGCAGUCUGAUGACCCAACAAUAAGCAAACGAUCGCAAGAAUGGCUGCAGCACUCUGUUCACUUUGGCGACAUUGGCAGGAUCCUUGAGCCUUUACUUAUCACUAUGCUGAACCCAUCAAGCAGACGUAUCUCUGUUCAUUAUACUUUCCUUUGGAAGUCAAACAACCAGCACACUGCGCGGCCACAGAGCAUUACCUCCGAAAAGCACCAGGGCAAACCAAACUGGAGCAAUGUUGAAAACUAUAAACAGUCCACAAGCACGGACUCACAAAGUGACCAAAUGGAUUCAGUUGCAGACAUAUCAGAAGAGCCAUUUAACGAAGAAUUAGACACAAGGGCCUCGGGCGAAGACGCACAAGAAGCAUUGAACAACGAGGACAGCGAUGAUCGCGAGGCAUCGAGUCGAAUGCAGUCUGCUGAAGGUGAUGAACAGCAGCAACAGGAACAGCAGCAACAGGAACAGCAGCAACAGGAACAGCAGCAACAGUUUGAGACCGAGGAGGUGCAGGAGGAUGAAGGUAACAGCAAGGAGGUUUCUGGUGAUGCUGAAGAAUCAAGGAAUGAAAUGAAUGAAAACACUUCCAGGGAGAAACACGCCCGCGUCACUGUUCACCCGUUGCAUGUGCAUAGGCUGUUUUACACACAGCUCUACGACACGACCCAAACAAUAUACGCCCUGAAGACUGUCAUGUCGAUAUUGGAAGUGGACGGAAAGGCGUUCGUUUUUGCCUCUGCAACAACCAGCAUGAAUAUGUGCAACACAGCUCAUCAGACGGCUCUCAGGGAAUUGCUGAUACGGCACAGGAGAGCCCUGAGUGGCAAGGAUUUCUAUGGGUCUCUAGCUGAUAGUCAGCAACUUCUGGUGAAGGCAAGCACAGCAAAGUACAUGGAGAUAAUUUUGUCCGUCUGUCUUUAUUUCAUCCGAUCUGAUUUUCAUGCAUCCAUGAAGGUCAGUCGGUCAGAUCUUGAGGACAAUUUUCGUGUGAAAGUUAGCAGCCUAAAUGUCCUCACAAAAAUUGUUGAUGUCUUGCUUCAAGUUGUCGCUGACGAUGAUGUUGGGUUUUCAAAUUUCGUCUCUGAUUUGUUCAACCGUUGCAAAGUUCAGCGAAUCGCCCUGCAUUGUUUACUCAGUGUCGUCUACGGAGCCUCUGGUGAGAAUGAAACCGCGCGGAAAGACUUGGAAAAAACAAGAACUGCUUCCUCGCAAGAUGAAAAGAGUCGGGUAUACAUGCAUGGGUUCCUGCUAAGAUUCGUAAAAAAAUUGAUUUUCCUUGAAGAUCACAUUGGAGUUGGCAUGUCAUCUUUGCAACAAGGGUCAAACGAAAAGAAACUGAAGAGGAAGGAUAAAAAGAGCAAGGCAAAGCCACUAAAGACCUCACCAUUUGAAUAUAAUAUAGAGACACCUAUAGUAUCACAGACCAUGUAUCUCUCUGUAUUACUCAUGGCUUUAAAAGGAGAUAAAUCUUUUUACAACCACGAUGAUUGGAUAAACGUGGUUAUAGAAACAUUGCCCAAAUGUGGCUCAUCAUUGGCAAAGAUCGUGAUCCCUGUCGUUGAACAAAUUUGUCAAAAUUUCAAGAGUACGGCAAAGAUAUUUUCUGAAUCUGUUAAUGGAAACAUUAUCAAAAGCAGCCGGGAAUUCCCAGUUGAUUACAUGCUAACGAUGCUGGAGAAAAUGACGUCAAUUUGCCACUAUUGCUUGGUUGACAAAGAUGCUUCUUCUGUUUUGCAACAUGGCGCUUCGGUCAAACCUGGCCAGGAUCUGCAACGUAGCGACAACUCUAUGUCAAUAUUGGAGAGCCUCGCUCAUGUGUUCUCCCCUCAAAGUUUACCGAACCGAGGUGCAACAAGUGAAGAAGUUAACAACCCGUAUAUUGAGGCACGAGAAGGACUUUUGAGCAUCCUACCAACUAUACUUUCAUCUGUGUUGAUGGUAUGGCAUGUUUGGAAUGCUACCGACUCGAAAACCAGUCGAUGGAGGAUCGUCUCUGAGUUGCCCCUCCCAAUAGGCAGUCCUAAGAGCAUAAAGCAAGCAGUUCUUCAACUUCUAACCCCCGUGGCCAUGCAGCAUACUCCCGUAUUUCUUGCUGCUUUGGCUGAUGUCUGGAACUCAUCGAAGAAAUCAAAUCAGGAGGGUGAAACCGAAAAAUCACCUAACCUUGAUAAGCAGACGAGAAAGGAGAAGAAAUGGUUGUCAUCUGUUAACCAGAAAACGGUCCCGUUUAUCACAGAUGAACAACAAGGCUUAGUUGAUAUUGCAUUGGCCAUAAAAGUUUUAUCAGCAGAAACAAUCGUCUUAACAACCAAACAAGUGCUGCGACAAACUCUCAUUGGUAAAGAGAAGGGAUCAACAGGAAGCCAGUCGCUGGAGCUUAAUCUGCUCCAGUUCCUCUUUGAAUACUUGAAACGAGUUUCAAAUGAUCAGCUUUCGUUGAUGAAACCCGUACUGCUGGCCUUUUUGAAAGAAGGCGUCAACCUGAAUGUCGCCCCAGCCGGGCUGUUUGUGCUCUUGAAUAUUUUGUACGUUUUCAUUCUGCGAAUUCAAUGCCCGGAGGAAAAACGAGCAAGGAAAGAGCUACAGGACCUUGCACUGAAAUACUUCGAUGCUGUCAAUACCAUUGCUGGAGCUUCGCUUGAGAAUUCGACGUGGUUCCGGCGCAACGUCGCAGUGCUUCCGCAGUCAGACCAAAAUCCAGACGAGCCGCUGGUUAAACCCAAAGAGCACACGAACGAUAAUCCAGAGCCUACAGUACCGGUUGCGCCGACAAUGCAAACUCGUAAUGCCCAAUACAGUGCGAGUGCGCUGUGUCUAAUGGCUGAGAUAUUAUCUUCGAUGCUGGAUUUGCUGUAUCUGAGUGAAGAGAAGGACAAAAUCACAAGCUUUAUGUUCUAUGUUAUAUACAACGUCACGCCAUAUUUGAAGAAUCACAGCAACCAAAACGUGACAAGUUUCCGAGGCAGCAGUGCUCUGCUUGCCUCAAUCACCGAUUUCCAAUACACUCUCAGAUCUUGGAAGAAAGAUGUUUACGAGUUAUUCCUCGAUCCAGGCUUUUUCAAAAUGGACCUUCUCUCCUUGCAAUACUGGCGCUCGAUAAUCGAUCGAUUGAUGACUUAUGAUGUUGCAACAUUUAGAGAUCUGAUGGCUCGUAUCAACCUUACGCAAAGUGGGACGAUAAACAUUUUUGCUAAUCGUGAACAGGAAAUAGAGCUGCGAGCGGGUUUACUCAAAAGGCUCACAUUCGUUCUGUUCUGCGGUGAAAUUGAUCAGUAUCAUAAUUAUAUGCCAGACAUCCAAGAGAGGCUUGUAGAUAGCCUCAGACAGAUGCAGGCACCAGUCCUCUACGAGCAAGUUUUCUUCUGCUUUCGAGUCCUUAUUCUGCGCAUGUCUCCACAUCAUCUUACAUCCCUCUGGCCUCCCAUUAUCACAGAACUGAUUGUUAUCUUUUUGCAAAUGGAGAAGGAUUUAUCGCCGGCAGAAUCUCAGCAAGCUAAAAGUAGCAUCAUGGGAACCCUUGAGUCAUUUUUUACUUUCAACGGUAUGCUCAGAAACAAAGGCAAAUGGCUGAAUUUGUACCUGGAAGCUUGCAAACUGCUUGACUUGUCAUUUUCUCUUCAGAGCGACACACUGCCUCACUUCCAGUCGUAUAGAUGGGCAUUUAUAGAUACACCAGGUGUAGAAUACGAGGCAGAAGAAGUCGAACAUAACAGGGAUGGUGACAAAAAUGGAAAAGCAACCUCGCAAGGAAAAGUCGUAGCAACUUCAAGUAAAACACAUGGUAAUUCACAAGCAAAGCCAGCAAAAAGUGUAGAAGAUUCGGUGUCAAAACUUAGCGUGAUGAACGCUCCGCUAUCGUCGAAGUUGAGAAAAUCUGAGAAGAAAGGUGGCAAGAGUAAGACAAGCCAUGAUAAGACGAGUGACAAUGUGCUAAGGAUGAGGUUUGCUCCUUAUUUAUCAAGACUGGCUACACUGAUAGUACAGAAGCAUGCUGAAAAUGACGGCAGUGAAGGCAAGACAACUCACCCUUUACAACUGGCGAAAAUCGAUUCCAUUUUUGAGCUGUUGCCAUUUCUUCUAUCAAUCACAAAUAGCCGGGCAGUGCUACACGAAGAGAUUCAAAGCAAAUUGGACUUUGCCUCUUUAACCAAUGAAAUGUUAGAGGAAUUGGUAGAAAAGGAUUUCCAAGAUCAAGCUUAGUCAACAAGAAUUUGUUGAAUCGUGUCAGUUUAAGCGUUAUUUCAUCAUUCAUAUUUUUAAUUCGUAAGUAUAUAUUUAGAAUUGUUAUUCAUGCUAUGUCGCUAUGAGUUUGUUUACGUUGUUACUUUCGUAUCGAAAGAAGACUAAAGCGCAGAAAUGCCGCUGGCUAGGCCACAUUGAUAACGAAUUGCUGGCCUUUCUCCGUUACCAUUAACCUACCCAUCAGUAUAUUUCGUUUCAUAUGCAGACUUAAGGGGUCUAUGGAAAAUGGACAUCAAAAGCCAAACUUUAGAACCAUUGAUUAGAAUAUUCAAGGUCCAGCGACGCUUACGUAAGAAUUUUCAGAUUUAAUUUGUCAGUCACCCCUUUGUUCCCCGUUAUUAUUCAUGUAUUCAAACAGAGUUGAGCUAUGCCUACAUGCACUGUCAUUUAUAUACUGUCAUUUAUAUCUUGAACGAAGCAAAUUUGUUAUUAACACCUUUUUAUAAGAACCAGAAAAUUCUUGCAGAGGGCUACGAAAUGUUUUGGAUAAUUUGAUGUUCACGGUAAUUUGAUAUACUUCUAAUUUCAACAAUGAUCUUGCUGCAUUUACAUACUAUUAAUGUUUCCAAAACAACCAAAUAGAAGUUUUGCGAGACAUUUUUAGCACACCGUUGCUUCCCUGAUAAAAUAUGUUUUGUUAACUGAUGCUCGGUGUUAUUAUUCUUGAAAAAGAGUGUACUCUUAACCAUAGACGAUUUUCAAUCUACUUCUGGCUAAUUCACCCGUUGCUUGGAUGCCUCGUGUAUUCAAAGGGGAAGAUAUCAAAUUAUUUCAGUGUUUUGUCAAUCUAAAUAUUUUAGAUGUUCAGUAUGAUUAAAUGUCCGUCUCGAGAUUUGAACAAUUAUUAUUAUUUAUUUAUGAAUUUGGCCAGUGCCAUUUGAAUUAUAUAUUUUCCUUGUGAGAAAAGUGUAUUAAUUAUUAACGGGAAUGGUUUUGUUUUAUGUGGAAUACCAGAGUAAAGUAAAAUGUAUAAUAGAAUACGUUCAACGUUUAUUUACCGCCUUAUUACCCAUUUGCUGGAGAAUGUAGUGUUUUCGAAAAUAUCUUUUUUGAAAACCAAUAAAGACACAAUUGGCACCUGACAAAAAAUCUUUCUGGACUUUUGCAAAACUUUGAAUUCCUUGAGACGAUCUGAAUUAGUUUGGCGAAACCCAGUCAAGUGUCAGUCUAGGCCAAGUAGAAAAUGACCUUUAAUGUUUUCAAUAGAUUUCUGUGAUCGAUGCCAAGAACGUUUUGAUACUACGAAAUCUUUCAUAUGGGAAUCUUGCAGUAUAUCAACACAGGAAUCUUGCAAUAGUGAACCUUUCCUUCUUGGUAAAUACGAGAACGUAACAUAAACAAAUGUACAGAAAUUAGUCAAAGUAAAAUAAGUGCAAAGAGAAUUUCGUUUCAAUCAAGAGGACAAACAAGGACUUUGUAACAAUUAAUGAUCAACGUGUACCACCCCCACCCUAUGAAAAGAACUGAGAACUUCGGCAGUUUUAAUAAAAAUUGAAAAUCUAUCCAAUGCUUGAUAUCAAUGUCAUCAAUUUGAUUGCUUUUGUCAAACAUGGUAAGAAAUUAUAUCAAACUGUAGAUAUUUUAAGAAUUUUCAAACAUUACAAACUUAACCUUGUUUAAAUAUUUAUCCAAACUCUUACCAAUUAAAGUCUCCAAAUUCAUAUUAUAUGAUUAAUACAAUAAGAAAAAGAGUCGAAUUAAUUGGUUGUAAAAAUUAGCCAGGGAAGUUGCAUGAUUUCAUUUCCUGGUUUAAAUGAUUUUGAUGACAAUAUUUGAUUGAUUAAUGAUUCUUUAAUGAUAUGUUAAUAUGGUUCAAAUGUUUGUUAAUACAACCUGACUUUAUCAUAAAUUGAUAUUAUUUGAUUUUUCUGUAGUUGCCGAAAUGCCUUCCAAACUGAAAUAUUUGUGAACUGCUUCAAAAGCA